CUCUUUCCUUUCUUCUUCCCUGCCUUGGCACGCCCUGCUGCUGGUGCUGUCACCUUUCCCCAUCCCCCGCCCGAGCCCUCCUGCUCCCUCCCUCCCCUCCUCAAUUCCACAACCACACCCAAACCCAAACCCUAGUGCUUGAGGAGCCGGGAGGCUGUGACCUUCUAUACGCCGCGCGUCUGUGCACUGCAGGUCACAGCUCCGCCACCUAGGAACCAAGAGGAUCUACGACUACUAGCUAGGUCUGCUCUCCUCUCGCCAUGCCCGCGCCUCUCUAGUGGAUCUUAUCCGCCAACUGGAACCUCGAGCAAGUAUUGUCAAGGGACAGCCGCUAACGAGGAGGAGACUCGAGACUUGACUUCGCGUCGGCAAGGGACCAAUGGCCGCGGUGGUGGCCAUGCCAGGGGGAAGCAGCGACAGCGGUGGAUUUGAUAAAAUUCCCGGGAUGGACUCGGGGAAAUACGUGCGUUACACCCCGGAGCAAGUCGAGGUGCUCGAGCGGCUCUACAUCGAUUGCCCCAAGCCAAGCUCCUCACGGCGGCAGCAGCUGCUGCGGGAGUGCCCCAUACUUGCCAACAUUGAGCCAAAGCAGAUCAAGGUUUGGUUUCAGAACCGAAGGUGCCGCGAUAAGCAGCGCAAGGAAUCCUCUCGGCUUCAGGCUGUCAACAGAAAGUUGACGGCAAUGAACAAGCUCCUUAUGGAAGAGAAUGAGCGUCUUCAGAAGCAGGUCUCUCAGCUGGUUCAUGAAAAUGCGCACAUGCGGCAGCAGCUGCAGAAUACAUCACUGGCCAAUGAUACAAGCUGCGAAUCAAAUGUGACUACCCCUCCAAACCCUAUAAGGGAUGCAACUAACCCUUCUGGACUCCUUUCGAUCGCUGAGGAGACCUUCACAGAGUUCCUCUCAAAGGCUACUGGGACAGCUAUUGAUUGGGUCCAGAUGCCUGGGAUGAAGCCUGGUCCGGAUUCGGUUGGUAUUGUGGCCAUUUCGCAUGGUUGCCGUGGUGUUGCUGCCCGUGCCUGUGGUUUGGUGAAUCUAGAACCAACAAAAGUCAUAGAGAUCUUGAAAGAUCGUCCAUCUUGGUUCCGUGAUUGUCGAAGCCUUGAAGUGUUUACAAUGUUUCCAGCUGGAAAUGGAGGAACAAUUGAACUUGUCUACAUGCAGAUGUAUGCCCCAACAACUUUAGUCCCUGCACGUGAUUUUUGGACGUUACGAUACACAACAACAACGGAAGAUGGCAGCCUUAUGGUAUGUGUGAAUCUGAACUGCACUUCUAUUUUUUUUUCAUUGAUAAUGAAUGAGCCAGGACACAUAUUUGCUAAUCUUCCUCCCAUCUCUAAGGUCUGUGAGAGAUCCUUGAGUGGUUCUGGGGGUGGUCCAAAUGCAGCCUCUGCACAUCAAUUUGUAAGAGCUGAGAUGCUUCCAAGUGGGUAUUUAGUUCGCCCAUGUGAAGGUGGGGGUUCCAUCGUGCAUAUAGUGGACCAUCUAGAUCUUGAGGCUCGGAGUGUACCUGAAGUGCUUCGACCACUUUAUGAGUCUUCUAGAGUAGUUGCUCAGAAAAUGACUACCGUGGCACUGCGGCACCUUAGACAAAUUGCUCAAGAAACAAGUGGGGAAGUAGUUUACGCCUUGGGCAGGCAACCUGCAGUCCUACGGACCUUUAGUCAAAGGCUGAGCAGGGGCUUUAAUGAUGCCAUUAGUGGUUUCAAUGAUGAUGGCUGGUCUAUAAUGGGGGGAGAUGGAAUUGAAGACGUCAUAGUUGCUUGCAACUCAACUAAGAAAAUUAGGAAUAGCAGCAGCGUGGGGAUUACAUUUGGAGCCCCUGGAGGCAUUAUUUGUGCUAAGGCGUCCAUGUUACUGCAGAGUGUUCCACCAGCAGUACUGGUUCGGUUUUUGAGGGAGCAUAGAUCUGAAUGGGCGGAUUAUAACAUUGAUGCCUAUUUGGCUUCAUCACUAAAGGCUAGUGCGUGCUCACUUCCCGGGUUGCGACCCAUGAGAUUUUCUGGGGGCCAGAUGAUCAUGCCGCUAGCUCACACAGUGGAGAACGAGGAGAUUCUUGAAGUUGUCCGCCUUGAAGGGCAAUCUCUUACUCAUGAUGAAGCUCUUCUUUCAAGGGACAUCCACCUUCUCCAGCUUUGCACUGGAAUUGAUGAGAAAUCUGUGGGUUCCUCCUUCCAGCUUGUGUUUGCACCAAUUGAUGAACAUUUUCCGGACGACGCACCCUUGAUUUCUUCUGGCUUUCGUGUUAUACCCCUUGAUAUGAAAACAGAUGGUGUAUCCUCUGGUAGGACACUAGAUUUGGCAUCUAGUCUUGAUGUGGGCUCUGCUGCACCCCAAGCCUCAGGGGAUGCAUCUCCAGAUGACUGCAAUUUGAGAUCUGUGCUGACAAUUGCCUUUCAAUUCCCUUACGAGAUGCACCUUCAAGACAGCGUUGCAACUAUGGCCCGUCAAUAUGUCCGUAGUGUUGUUUCUGCUGUGCAAAGAGUUUCCAUGGCUAUAUCUCCCUCCCAGUCUGGUCUAAACGCUGGGCAGAGGAUGCUUUCUGGCUUCCCUGAAGCAGGCACAUUGGCUAGAUGGGUUUGCCAGAGCUAUCAUUACCAUCUUGGUGUGGAAUUACUUAAUCAAUCAGAUGAAGCUGGUGAGGCAUUGUUGAAAAUGCUCUGGCAUCAUCCAGAUGCUAUUCUGUGCUGCUCAUUUAAGGAGAAACCUAUGUUUACGUUUGCCAACAAGGCAGGGCUUGACAUGUUAGAGACAUCCCUUGUUGCCCUACAAGAUCUGACUCUAGACAAAAUCUUCGACGAGUCUGGAAGAAAAGCAUUGUUCUCAGAUAUCUCAAAAUUGAUGGAACAGGGCUAUGUGUACCUGCCGUCGGGAGUGUGCAUGUCAGGAAUGGGUCGCCAUGUUUCAUUCGAUCAAGCUGUAGCAUGGAAGGUGCUAGGUGAGGACAGCAACGUCCACUGCCUGGCUUUCUGCUUUAUGAACUGGUCCUUUGUGUGAUGUUGAGUUGGUCUCUGUGAUUAGCAUAUCCAUUUUUGUAUGAUCUCGACAAGGGAAAUCAUCAGCCGUGAUAAGGCUUACGUCGCACUAGUUCUAGGUCUCGGAUCCAGUGUAUUUUAUGACGAAACUGGAGGUUAUGCAAAGUCUGAUCUCACUUUCA